ACCAGUUUCACGCAAAAGGAUGACCUCUGAGCCCAAGGACUAUGAUAACAGCUGGACGUAUCGAGUCCCUCAAAUACACAAAGAGUUGGGGGAGCCUGUGAUAACAAUUCGACAUCUCUCAAAGACAUACAAUAUCCCUGGCACAGAUGAAUCUGUUAAAGCUCUUCAUGACAUCCACCUCGCACCGGAUUCAGAGUUCUAUCCUAUUCGCAGAGGUGAAUUUGUGAUUCUACGAGGACCAAGUGGUGGUGGGAAAACGACUCUACUCAACAUCUUGGGCACGAUUGAUACGGCAACCAGUGGUACUGUGGAGCUUCUCGGGGAGGAAAUAUCAGAAAUAUCGUCCGAUGCAUACUUAUCCGGCCUUCGCCUGCGGCGUAUUGGUUUUGUGUUUCAGACAUUCAACCUGUUGGGAACCAUGUCUGCAUUCGAGAACGUGGAGCUACCCAUGACAAUUCAAGGGAAGCUAGGGCAUCGCCAACGGCAAGAACGUGCGCUGAUGUUGCUAGAAACUGUCGGUUUACAAGAUCGAAUAGCACAUCUCCCUUCCGAGCUUUCUGGUGGUGAACAGCAGCGAGUUACAAUAGCAAGAGCGCUGUCAAAUGAUCCAGACAUCCUGCUUCUCGAUGAACCCACCGGGGAUCUCGACACCGCCAACACCAUAGAUAUUAUGAAUCUACUUCUCAGAAUCAAUCGGGAAAAGAAGACAACAUGCGUCAUGGUAACGCACAAUCCGGAUGUCGAGUGUUACGCAGAUCGUCUUCUCUAUUUGGAGGAUGGGCGGUUUGUAAAGCAAGCAGUGAACAAGGUACAAACGCCAUUGAUUCUGGAAGAAUAUCAAGAAUACCUACGAAAAAAGGACGCGUGACAUCCUUUUCACCAAAUUUACAAUCUUCAUCGAUAGCUCACAUUCGAAUUCUAGUAUUCUAUCUCUUGUUGAAAAUGUACAGUACCGUGGGAUACCUCCGGAACAACAGUCCCGGAAGCCAAUAUAUAUUAUUAUUCUUUCGCA